GCGGGACGACCCGGACCUUCCCUCGGCCGACCGGAGGCGGGGCGGCUGGGUGUCCCUUCCUACAGGACCGGGCGGCCAUGGGGCUGCUGUCCCAGGGCUCGCCGCUGAGCUGGGAGGAGACCCAGCGCCACGCCGACCACGUGCGGCGGCACGGCAUCCUCCAGUUCCUGCACAUCUACCACGCCGUCAAGGACCGGCACAAGGACGUGCUCAAGUGGGGCGACGAGGUGGAAUACAUGCUGGUAUCUUUUGAUCAUGAAAAUAAAAGGGUCCAGUUGGUCCUGUCUGGAGAAGAUGUUCUCGAAACUCUACAAGAGAAGGGGGAAAGGACAAACCCAAACCAUCCAACCCUCUGGAGACCGGAGUAUGGAAGUUAUAUGAUAGAAGGGACACCCGGGCAGCCAUACGGAGGAACAAUGUCUGAGUUCAACACAGUUGAAGACAACAUGAGAAAACGCCGGAAGGAGGCUACUUCUGUUUUAGAUGAAAACCAAGCUCUUUGCACAAUAACUUCAUUUCCCAGAUUAGGCUGUCCAGGAUUCACACUGCCUGAGUACAAACCCAACCCAGUGGAAGGAGGAGCAUCCAAGUCCCUCUUCUUUCCAGAUGAAGCCAUAAAUAAACACCCUCGCUUCGGUACCCUAACAAGAAAUAUUCGGCAUAGGAGAGGAGAAAAGGUUGUCAUCAAUGUGCCAAUAUUUAAAGACAAGAACACACCAUCUCCAUUUGUAGAAACAUUUCCUGAAGAUGAGGAAGCAGCAAAGGCUUCUAAGCCAGAUCAUAUUUACAUGGAUGCCAUGGGAUUUGGGAUGGGCAAUUGCUGUCUUCAGGUGACAUUCCAAGCCUGCAGCAUAUCUGAGGCCAGGUACCUUUAUGAUCAGUUGGCCACUAUUUGUCCUAUUGUUAUGGCUUUGAGUGCUGCAUCUCCGUUUUACCGAGGCUAUGUGUCAGACAUCGAUUGUCGCUGGGGAGUGAUUUCUGCAUCUGUAGAUGAUAGAACACGGGAGGAGAGAGGACUGGAGCCUCUGAAGAACAAUAGCUAUAAAAUUAGUAAAUCCCGAUAUGAUUCAAUAGACAGCUACUUAUCUAAGUGUGGUGAGAAGUACAAUGACAUCGACUUGACCGUAGACAAAGCAAUCUAUGAGCAGCUCUUGCAGGAAGGCAUUGAUCAUCUUCUGGCCCAGCACGUUGCUCAUCUCUUUAUUAGAGACCCGCUGACCCUGUUUGAAGAGAAAAUCCACCUAGAUGAUGCCAAUGAGUCUGAUCACUUUGAGAAUAUUCAGUCCACAAAUUGGCAGACAAUGAGAUUUAAGCCCCCUCCUCCAAACUCAGAUAUUGGAUGGAGAGUAGAGUUCCGACCCAUGGAGGUGCAGUUAACAGACUUUGAGAAUUCUGCAUAUGUGGUGUUUGUAGUACUGCUCACCAGGGUAAUCCUUUCAUACAAAUUGGAUUUUCUCAUUCCGCUGUCAAAGGUUGAUGAAAACAUGAAAGCAGCACAGAAGCGUGAUGCUGUCUUGCAAGGGAUGUUUUAUUUCAGGAAAGAUAUUUGUAAAGGUGGCAGUACUGUGGUGGAUGGGUGUGGCAAGGCCCAGGCCAGCUCAGAGCUGGCCGCAGAGGAAUAUACCCUCAUGAGCAUAGACACCAUCAUCAAUGGGAAGGAAGGUGUGUUUCCUGGACUCAUCCCCAUUCUAAACUCUUACCUUGAAAAUAUGGAAGUGGAUGUGGACACCAGAUGUAGUAUUCUGAACUACUUAAAGCUAAUUAAGAAGAGAGCAUCUGGAGAACUAAUGACCGUUGCCAAAUGGAUGAGAGAGUUUAUUGCACACCAUCCUGACUAUAAGCAAGACAGUAUAAUAACUGAUGAAAUAAACUACAGCCUUCUUUGGAAAUGUAACCAGAUUGCAAAUGAAUUAUGUGAAUGUCCAGAGUUACUUGGAUCAGCAUUUAGGAAAGUAAAAGACAGUGGAAGUAAAACUGACUCUUCUAAAUAGACAUCCUACAGAAAUAAAAAUGCAUCACUGAUUUAUGGAAGAAUUGACUGCAGUAUUGACUCUCAAGUUGGCAAGACCAAAUGAUAGGUCUGCAGUAUUGCCUGGAUCAGUAGCCAGAAAGUGGUUAAAGGCUUCCUUGUAUAGGGAAAUCUCAAAUUUAUACAGUGCACCUGUACAUAGUAAAGUAUUUUUAUGAUUAACAGUGUAUUUUAAUAACAUGUCUGAAGUCAUUGUGAGGCUUAUACAUGUUUGAAUUCACUCUGGAGCAACUACUGUCUAAGCAGUUUGUAAAUGAGAGGUAAUUGUACAAUAUAUACAUUCCAGAAUUUUAAAUGUUUACUGUAAAUCUUCCUUUAAAGACUACUUGGGACUUGAUUCACUUUACUUUAAAAACAUUUUUUUCUGAAUGUUUUUUGAGUCAACUCCUUUGUUGACUAUGUAAAAUCACUGGAAUCCAUUGAAGCCCUUCAAGGGUAAGGCACCUUACCUAUGAUGUUUCUUUUGCAAUGGAGUAGCUAACCACUUGGUUACUUGCCCUGAGCUUUCACAUUGAAUUGAAUUCUGAUAGCUGUUGUCAAAGAAACUCCUUCUGUAUAUUUUUUAAUUUGUUGAUUAACUCAUGAAUUAGAAAGGAGACUAAUGAUUUUGUUUCAGCUCAUUCUUCUUUUGUGCAUACUAAAAGCACUGUCAACAAUGGUACCUGCUCUUCUAUUGUGGCCCAUUACUCUGGUUGCUGCUGUAUCAUUAAAUUGUUAAAUCAAGUGCAGUUGCUGACUUUGUUUUGUUACUCUUUCUCUAAUUUUCACUUUGAUGGGCUAUCAUUGAAAAGCCAUUUGUUACAAAUUUUACUUGGGGAAUAUUCUACAUUCUGUUUGCUUUGUCUAUACAACUCACAAAUCAUGAAAAGCACUAAUUUUUUUUGAAUCAGGACCCUAAAUUAUAAAUAAUUUUAGUUUCAGAUAAUUGUUACAGCUUUAUGUUGAAAAUUUUCCCUGUUGGUUAACUCAGUUUUAACUGCUUCUGGAAUAAAUGUCUAUUGUAGAUUAUGCAAACCAUUGCAGGCAUAAAUACUGAAACUGUAAUACUAAUUUUGAGAGAUUGCAAUAAAUCUGUUUCAGUUCAAAACUC